AUGGCCGAUAGCCCCGAUGGCUACAAGGAUUUGAUCCGUGGCUAUGAAAUAGAGUUAGACGGUCUCUUAAAGCAGGGAACAUACAAACCGGUAUUUUUGUAUCAUGUUUUGUUGUUCAAUGUACUGCCAUUGUUAGGUCUCGCUCUUCCUCGUGGCAGAGGUGGACAAUAUGCUCGAAAAGGAGUAUUCGUCCUAUGUAUUGCUAUCGCAAUCCAAGCUUUUCGAAAUCAGCGGGCUCUCAUUGGUGGCAAUGGCUACAUGCUAGGUCUGAUGACAGCAUGGUGGCUCAUAUGGAAUGCUAUUUUGUUUGCAUUUUCAGACCUUGAGCGUGAUUUCAAGCGCAUCGAACGGAAGCCUGUCGAUCUACAGCUUCAAGAUCGGAAUGAAACCGAGAAAGACAAUUGCACAAAUACCUUUGUAUGGCAGUCAUACCCUGAAAAGAUUGGUCAUCGACUUGACUGGUCUGCUGGACUUCUCUUCAACCUUAGAGGGCCAGAAUGGAAUUGGCGAGCCCCCCAUCUAGGACCAUUGCCCCAAUCAGUCCAUACUCAGUUGCAUUCAGGAUUUUCGUAUGCCAGGGUUAAAGCACAAGAUGAUGCAACUUAUAUCAGUGGAAAGCAGCGUCUCCAAGCAGCGUUUCGAACGUUCUUGAAAUAUUACCUUGUGUUGGAUUUCCUAAAGGUCGUUAUGAUGCGAGAUCCGUACUUCCAGGGCAUCGCUUCAGUGAACUCACCACCACCAUUUCCAUUCUCCUAUCUCACUAUUCAUCCACUUCUGGUUCAAUUCUACCAUAUCUUCCUCAGCGCUUUCGGUGUCUUCGCUGCCCUCGAAUUUGUGACUGCCCUGAGUCCGAUCUUCUUCUUGGGAUUAGCACUUGCAUUUCCUAAUGCAUCCAGGAAGCUCACUGCUGCACCACUCGGGGCUGCAUGGGUAUAUGCCGAUACGUUUGGGCCUUUCUUAGAGCCAAUUCUUGAUCAUGGACUGGCAGGCUGUUGGGGUCGGUGGUGGCACCAGCUCUUCCGUUUUGGGUUUACAGCCACCGCGCUUUGGAUCCUAUCGUUGCUUCCAACCAAGCUGUCAUCAAUAACGCAAGUCCGGCGCGUUACAUUCAUCGUGGUAGCAUUCUCAGUCAGUGGUUUUGUGCACGCUUGUGGGAGCUUUACACAGUUUACAGAGACGAAACCUAUAUCGGGCCCCUUUUUGUUCUUUUCCCUGCAGGGUGUUGGAAUUCUGGGAGAGAAAGCGUUUAAGAGAUAUAUGUCCCAGCUGUUGCCUCUUGCCCGUACACCGCGGUGGCUAAAACGGACAGCCAACUUUGUAUUCGUCUUUUGUUGGUUGUUCUAUUCUGGGGUUUUGGUUGCGGACGACUUUGCGCGCGGUGGACUAUGGUUGAUGGAGCCAGUUCCUUUUAGUUUUCUUCGUGGGCUGGGAAUCGGACUUGAAGGUCAUGGAUGGUGGUGCUGGACAGAGCCGUGGUUUCGAUAUUGGAGCGACGGUACUUACUGGGGAAGUGGAAUCCGGGUGAUAUGA